AUGUCGUCUACCCAAAGGGCCUUGCUCAUUGCAGCUCCCUUUGAGGGCCUGAACGGAACUCUCUACGAUGCUCAAAGUAUUCUUCGAGUACUGGAAAGCAAAGGGUUCAACACUGACACCUGCUUUGGGGAGAAUGCGACCCGAAGUGGCAUUUUUGCGGCGUGGGAGCGUCUUAUCUCCGAGACCAAGGAGAAUGAUGCGGUGGUUCUCUACUAUUCUGGACACGGGGGGUUAGUUCAGUCGCCCCAAGGCGACAGACCUGUGGAGUCGAACGAUGUUGCCACACCUUCCACACCUUGGAGAUACCAAUUCCUUGUACCGGUUGACUACGAUCAGUCGACAGAGAGCGACUUUCGGGGAAUUUUGGACGUCGAGAUCUCACAUGUGCUGCGGCAACUGACUGAAAGAACUCGCAACGUCACCGUCAUUCUGGACUGCUGUCAUUCCGGGAGGAUGUUCCGGGCUCCGAUGCUCGAGGGCCAGGCCCGUCAGAAGAGUCUCAAGGAUGUUCAGUUCCAUCAGGUUGCGCAACAUAUCACUGCUAUGCAGGGACAGGGACAGCUUGAAGGACAGGGUUUCCUGACAGGUAAUCCGCACGCCGUACGAAUCGUGGCGACCGCUCCGUCCGAAUCGGCAUGGGAGUAUAUGAAUCCUCGGGGGGAGUGGUGCGGGACAUAUACUGAAGCUCUGGUGAAGGUGAUCGAAGACUGCUGGGGGCACGAAAUGUCCUGGAAAACGAUCUUCCUCCGCGUACGACAGCUCGUCAACAACCGUUUCCCUGGUCAGCAUCCUCAAGUCGAAGGUCCGGAGACUCGCGUCCCUUUCUCCCUCCGACAGGCACCAUCUUGCGUGCUGCAAAUCAAGAUUACCAACGGUCAGCCGAUUAUCCAGGGAGGAAGCGUGUUGGGGGUCCGAACCGGUAACACAUAUACUAUUGUUCCUUUGAGUAUGAACGACCAGCAAGUGUCCGGGGACAACUUUCCCGAAGCGACGGUGACAAACGUUGCCGCAUUCAAAGCAAAGGUUAAGCUGUCAUCGAUGCCUUCCUGGUUAUCGCUCAGUAACGUUGGUGCGCUCGCGGUCUUGAAGCGCGAGAGCAUUGAUAAGCAUCCGAUCCAAGUACCGGAGUCGCUGUCCUUUUUACGAGACCACGUCGAAGAGUCAACUUUGCUUCGGUGUCACACUUCGGAUGAAAGUGAGCCACCACUUAUGGAAUUUCGUGAGCAGGGCGAAUCGUUCAUGCUUCUCAACCAGCAAGGCGUGGAGCUUGGAUCAAGCCCACUGAAUGAAGAGGAGAGCUCACGCAGGGGCAAGAACCUCAUCGUCACGGCCGAGAGAUUGGUUCGCGCCCAGAGAGUGCUGUCGCUGACAUGCGAAAAGCCCGCCGACAAACUCAAUCACAUGCUGUAUCACGAAAUCGGCGUCGUCGAGGAUGAACAGCCAACACGGUCGUCGCAGGUCGGUGGGGAGGACUAUCAUGUCUUAGAAAAAGAGUCAGUCUACAUCAAGUUGCACAACCGGGGCAGAGACACUGUUUACGUAUCUGUUUUUGACAUCAACGUUGCCGGAGAAGUCUCUUUCAUCACUCAAACCAACCCCGAGGGUAUCGAGCUGCCAGAGGAACGAUCCACUGUCCUGGGCAGUGACGACUUCGGAGAGCUGGUGGGAUUAGAGAUCACAUGGCCCAAGGAUGUCUCAAAAAAACUCCCUAUUGACGAGCAGUUCUUGCUAAUCAUUACCAACACCCCGAUGGAUGUCCGGUAUCUUGCCGACUCUGUGAAUAUCGAGCACGCGACCGGCCGAGACGCAGCAAGAGCGAUCAGUACAGCCAAGAUUCAAUAUGACGUAGUGCAUCUGAAAUUCAAGCUUCACCCAGCUGGUCAAAAGGACGAGGUAGACAAGAUGAAUGAGGCACAGCAGGAGCACGGUUUUCCAUCCUCAUGCAUAACCUGCAGCGAGGAGCCGAUUCGCGCGGCGAACAUACUCGACGUCGAGCACGUUCCUGGGUGGAAUGAGCUGCCGUUCAGUCCGCCAACGACAAUGGCGAAGGGCUUGCUUGGCGCAAUUGUUAGAACCGCACAACGUAUCCCGCCAUGUGUCUGGGUCAUCAACAAGUACAGCGAAGAGAUCACCGUGACCAUCUCGAAAUACCGUCCAAAUCGACUGCUCACUGGUAUAGGUGUGAACGCAUCUGCGACCGGGGCCGGACUGGACUUUAGUUCGUCGACCUGGGUUGGUCCGGCAACGAAGAAGACACUUGCGCCCCAAGCCUGUGGGAAAGGGCAAUUCAUGGCGGUGUUCCCUUUGUGGACACGCAAAGAAGGAUUUGGAGUGAUCAGUGUUUUCCGAGGGCCUCAAAAGGAGCUGUUCAUCGAGAAUGACCGGGUGCCCUUGGGGGCUACCGUCUAUUUCAAUGGCGAGGCAGACUUCGACAUCGUGGAAUACGGGCAAGCCACUGCAAGCGGACACAACUCGAGGAUUGGCUUAAUCGUUUAAUUCUGUCGCGAGGAUUGUCAGAAAGGAAGACAUGGAUACCUAACUGACUUCGUUGUAUGCGAGGAGUUUCCCAGCGGCAGAAAAUGAGUUCGCUCACGUCCCUAGAUGGUAGAUCUUAAUCAAGUUAAACAGUUUCGAAUUCAAGCUAGAAAGCCUAUCUUAUAAGAGUCUUAUU